CUUCGUGCUCUUGACUGCUUGACAAACCUACUCAACGUGCUGAAGGCGCAGAAAAUCGACAUCCAGGCACUUAUGCAGAAAAUGUCCCUUGACGAUGUCAAAGCGCAUCUUGUCCAAAUAAUUCAUGAGUGCGUAAAGCAGACUGAGGCAAAGCCGCAGCCUAUCACAUUGGAACGUGGCUUUGCCACCAUUCCUCUCCGUGGUAUCGACGUCCCCUUCCACAGCACAUUCUUGCGCUCUGGUGUCAAGCCAUUCCGGUCCUUCCUUCUCAAGAAAAUCAACAAGACCACAAUUGAUCCUAGCAAGUUGAUUGGGAAAUAUAUUCCCAACGUCACCGCCCGGCCGUUCGAGAUUACAAAGGAGUAUUUCGAGGAUGUCUACAGAUUGACGGGCUCGCCUCGCAUUGCAAACGUUCUGGCCAACUGGGAUAAGUAUGAGGAUGCUAAGGACGGUGCUACCACCCGUUCUACCGGUACCGCCGCAGUAUAA